CCACUCGGUACCUGUCCUGUUUUGUUCACCUGUUCCGUGCGUGGGGGAAGGAGAUACAAGACCCCGAGAUGUCUUCCUCGGUGCCUCCCACACAAACAUGCAGGAUCAAGGGGAGAAGGAGAACCCCAUGCGGGAACUUCGCAUCCGCAAGCUCUGCCUCAACAUCUGCGUGGGGGAGAGUGGAGACAGGCUGACCCGGGCAGCCAAGGUGCUGGAGCAGCUUACAGGCCAGACCCCUGUGUUCUCCAAAGCUAGAUACACCGUCAGAUCCUUUGGCAUCAGAAGAAAUGAAAAAAUUGCUGUCCAUUGCACAGUCCGUGGGGCCAAGGCAGAAGAAAUCCUGGAGAAAGGUCUGAAGGUGCGGGAGUAUGAGUUAAGAAAAAAUAACUUCUCAGAUACUGGAAACUUUGGCUUUGGGAUCCAAGAACAUAUCGAUCUGGGGAUCAAAUAUGACCCAAGCAUUGGUAUCUACGGCCUGGACUUCUAUGUGGUGCUGGGUAGGCCAGGUUUCAGCAUCGCAGACAAGAAGCGCAGGACAGGCUGCAUUGGGGCCAAACACAGAAUCAGCAAAGAGGAGGCCAUGCGCUGGUUCCAGCAGAAGGUAAAGCUUGAUCUGUCUCAGGUGAAGUGGUGGAAUGUGGUGUUGGUGAAUGGAGUUGGGAUACGGGGAUGCAAAGUCUAGCACCCUUUGGUGGGUAGCUCUUUUAAAGGUGGAACAUUUGGGCAACUUGGAAAAUGGGCUUCCAGGGUUGGUGGUUUAAAAGAACAUCCAGAACCAGGCUUUCUCCCCAGCCCCAUGAAUGCAGACAGCUGGAAGGGGAGGAAUAUGGCUUUAAUAGGAGCCCCUUUUCUCAGGGCUCAAUAGUGCAGUUGAGCAGAGUGUAGCAAUUGUUAAAGAUGGCCAGCUUCCUGUUCAGGGAUAUGGGAUUCAAAGCCGAAGUUCACGUACCUGAUUUGAAUUCUUGAACGUUAGCCAUUGCUGCAAUCUUUACUGUUAACCGCCUGUUCUGAAAAAAUAAAAUCUGUUCUCUUUCAGUAUGAUGGGAUCAUCCUUCCUGGCAAAUAAAUUCCCGUUUCUAUCCAAAAGGCUAAUAAAAAGUUUUCAGUGAAAUGUACAA